GGGCUGAUCCGUAUUGUAUUAUUAAAUGUGCUGGCAGAAAGGUGACAACACCAGUGCAAAAUGACACACUAAAUCCCAAGUUUAACGCAGGAGGAUUGUUCUACGUCAGAAAUAUCAACGGCGAAGUUGUUAUUGAUGUAAGUUAUUGCUGUCAGAUUAAAAAGGGUUAUUGUCGAGUAAAAAUACCAACAUGCGAUAAAGCACAAUAAUCUGACUACUUAAUAAACGCCCACAUUCUAAUAAACGCCUCUUAUCUAAUUGAUGCCCUGGUCUAAUCAUAUUUUGCAUUCAACGUCCCUUUUUGACUGGCAAACAGCUUGUAGAAGGUACUGGUAGAAAACGUUGUUCAUGAAGCACAAAACUGAAAUCUAGACUAUUCUCAUCUAUAAUAAACGCCUCCUCUUAAAAUACGAACGUUUAGUAAAAGCCCUGAGCGUUUACUGGAUUAUUUACAGUACCCAUCUCCUCGGAAAAAGAUGCAGAUUUUUAUUAGGCCUACUUAGAUCGAGUUUUACGCAAGGCCAUACUUGGCCCACAAUUGUUCAUGCAUGUGAAUGGACUAUACAGCCAAAACACACAAUAACCAUCUUAAUAAUGCAUUUGGACAAAUGGCGUUUAUGAAGUAAUAUGUCCUACACCGGAAGGAAUUUAUUACAUUGAUCUGAAAUACCCAAAAGUGUGUUGAAAAACAUGGCGUUAUUCAAGUUUAUGGGAUAACAUCUCAAACGGAGCAGUAUUUAAAGUAAAAUUGAACACGAAAGCUGACAUAACUUAUGGAUGUUUAUUCCCGUGGUGUCCAGACAAUAAUACAGUGCUGGUUUUCAUUGUGUUCAGCUCAUGAUUUGAGUUUGAGGCUGGGUUUACACUUGUACCGGAUAGCUUUUCGUAACGACAUGAACAUUCCGCAUUGGAUUGGAUUCGCGCCGCUAUAUGGAAAGCUAUCCGGUAUAGUGUAAACGUAGCCUUAGAAGCCAUAGCCUGAAAACAGACCUACGUUUCGCCCGCCCUAAAAUUCGCGGGUCGACGGAAGGGCGAAAAUGAAAAAGCGUAUUUUUACAAAGUAAAUGUGUAUUACGUCAGUCAUAAAACGUUCUUAUUUUGCUUAGGUAUAUGACAGUAACGUGUUUUGGGACAGUUUCAUGGGUCGUGCCGUUAUUCCAAUUGAAGUGAACAACAGCACAGUUCAACAGUCACUAAAGUUGAAAGGAAAAGGUCGAAAUUCAGGAGAAGAAAUUUCGGGAACACUGACCGUUAAGAUUUCUUGUUUCGCUGAAUUGAAAUCAGUGUAA